GGUUUCCCGAUUUUAGUCAGUCAAGAUUUUUGAGUUCGUGUACUUUAUCACUCAUCCAACAGAAACCCUUUUUGAGGCAUUCAUCUAUAUAGAAACUCUUUCUGCAUCUCAGGUGAUUGUAUUGUGAGACAAGAUGGCAAAGCUGGCAAUUUGGACAGUAGUCUUGCUUUCAUUUGGAUUCUGUAGUGGGUUUCUGCCAUUACAGUGGAUGAAGAAGAGCUCUUCAUUCCCUCUGGAUAUGGCUCCAAACUCUGUUGAUGACAUGUACAAUGGCUGUGAAGAUCAAAUGAACAAAAUAGUAACGCCUCUGCUAAAUAGGGAGAACAACGGGGAAUUUAAAGAUGCCUGGCUUAAGGCAGAGCAAUACUAUAACAUGAAGUGGGCGAAUACCAAUAUACUGAAGAAAGAAGAAAUCAUGGCUCUUUAUUCAUACACUCUCGAGAAUCCACCGUUGUACGAUGAAUUCAAUAAGGCAGUACGAACACAAAACCGUCAGUACAAAACAAAUCAAUUUAAAUUUUACGCACUGCAUUUCUUUCUCACUAUGGCCCUGCGCUCUCUCAAAAGCAAGGCAAAAGAGUGUAUCACCACUUACCGGAGAACAAAAAGCAAAUUUGAAACGGAUGUCAACAAAGAGAUUCGAUUUGGUGCUUUUACCUCCAGCUCGGUGGGUUCUUAUCCUUCUACUAAAUUUGGAAAAGAGUCAUGCUUUGAGAUUUCCACUUGCUUUGGAGCAGAAAUCUCAAAGUUCUCCAGGUUUGAAUCAGAAAAUGAGGUCCUGAUCCCUCCAUAUGAGGUUUUUAAAAUAACAGACAUAAAGAAAAGGUCCCUGAUGAGCUGGAAACUUCCAUGCAAAGUUGUCUAUAAACUGAAGAGCACAAGAAAUCCACAUUCCAAUUUAAACUGUGCUUUUCCAAGAAUAUCUGCCGGGAUAUUCGAGUCCAAGAAAUAAAAGUAAGGCUUUGCAGAGAUGGACAUAAUUGGACAGAUUUUGUUUAGGAUACGGGCAACCUGAAAGCUGAAUUUAUAAAAAAGCCAGAAAACAUUUGAUACAUUAGUUAGUGCUACAACCAUUAACUUUGUGUUUACUUUGCUUGCUAUUGCAUAAAAAGUUAUCCCGAACCCAUAUUGCUGUGCUUUUUCUAUGUCAGAACUCCUAGCCUGUCACAGCAAAUUGAGACUUAAACUGAGUCAAGUACUACGGGUACGGAAGUCCAGAAAUGCAUAAAUGAUUAUAUAAACAUGUCAUUAGCUACAUAAACUUGAAAACAAAUACAUAUAUAAUUCACAUUGAAUUGAAUAAAAAAUCCAAUAAACAUGUUAUAUUUACAAAUAAAGAAUAUAUUAAUACUUCAGCAGGUACUUUAUUAUUUCAUGGUUGCGGGUUGCAGCACAUCAGUUUGUUUCGUCUGACAGCCUCAGUAAAUAAAGUCAAAGGGCAGGCCUGUGAAUUCUAACCAAUCAUGUCAGAGUCUAUAUGGCAAGCUACAGCUUAAAACAUUUUAAGGUGGACAUCAGUAAAGCAACCAUAAUAACUUUACAAAAUACAGAAAAAAGGAUUCCAACAUAUAUUAAUUGCAACUUUUAAUUAAACAAUUUUACAGUUAAUUACUUAAUAAUGUAUUCAUUUAAUUAUUUUCAUCCUGUCUUCGUCGUAUAGAAGAGGUUAAGCAGAUUUCAACAAAACAUAAAUAAGUUUUGUCUGAAUGUGACCCAAACAGGUCCAGGCUGUGUGGUUUCUAUGUAAGUCGUAGAAGUUCGAGUGGCAACCAAAUAAAAGGCAGAGCACUUUGUUUCUGUUACUGCAUGAAGACACAUUAAAUUAUUGACCUUUGACAAUGAUUAAUUAAUGAAUUUCUGUAAUUCUACUUUUAAUGUAUUUAUGACUUGCAGAACUAAUUGUUUUAACUAUUUCUAUAUUUAUUACAUUUUGGAACUUUGGAGCUGAAUACUCAGCUGAAAGCAUCUUUGUGCCAAAAGGCAGUCAUUCCUUACGACUGUCGCUACAUGCUUGCUCAAGAUACUAAGUCAAUAACUCAAAGCAAUUAGCUCAGCCUCAUUAGAUAGAUAACGUUUUUACUGAGUGGCAUAAAAUGAUGAUCAGCAUUCGACAAUAUUGAAUUAAAAUUUGAUUUGAACUGUACUGUAUAUGUAACUUGAUCUAUAUCUGACUGCAUGACUGGAUUGUAUUGGAUUAUUAUGAUUCGAAUUUGAAGGAAAAUGUAUGCAAUGUGAUUAGAUAUAAAUUUGACCUGUUUGUCUUAUAAAACAAGAUGACAUUUGUUGUUAAUUGGUGGUCUAUACAUUAAUUGAAUUGAGCCAAAACUCUUUAAAUGCAUUUUCUCUACCUUUGUUAUAUUUCCUGAUUGAUUUUUCUGCUUAAUAAACUUUACAAAACGAA